UGAAUUUAAAAAUAAAAUAUUCUUUAGAAAUACUUAAUUAUCCUUUGAUUAUCUAGAGAUAACGUUGUAUUAUCUUUUAAAAUGAAAAUUCUGUUUGAAAAUAUACUCUAAAUGAUCUUAAUAACUACGUCAGUCGAAACUUUCAUGGAAUUUUCGUACUGUAAAUCGAUUUAUUUGAAUGAUCAGUGGAGAAUUUUUGGAAGAAAAUAUGAAAAUAAAUUAACGAAAAUGUCAAGUUAUAUUUCUUAUCUAUAACUUAAGUUGAACUUUAUCCAGUUAACUGAUAACAAGAGAAAUGUCGGGAGAAGAAACAAUUAUUUUCUGCCAUUUUUAUUAACAUAAUUUACCACGAACGAGGUAUAAAAAUGCUCAUCUUCCUGUUGUCACUAAAGUUUAUUCUUUUAUGUCCUUGUUAUUCACUUAACAUAUUUUUUGAUGAUGAAGAUGACGACGAGCAUCCUUUAUGUAAACCACCGUUCAAAUGCAAUUGCGAAGAUACUAAAAUAGACUGUUCAAAUUUAAAAAUUACAGACUUCGAAAGUAAAUUGCAAUUUUCUGAAGAAAUUAUCGAAGUCAAUUUCCAAGGAAACGAAAUUAAGAAUAUUCAAAAAAACUUUGCAAAAGGAACAAAUUUACGUGAUUUAGAUUUAUCAUAUAAUAAUAUAAAUUUCAUUUCUAGUGAAGCUUUCUCUAACCUCAAUCAGUUAAUUCGUUUGGAUUUGUCACAUAAUUAUAUAUGGAACCUCGCUGUAGAUGUUUUUAGUGGUGUCAAGUCUCUUAAGAAACUCGAUCUUAGCUAUAAUAACAUCCAAAAUAUCAUUCCAAAUACUUUUAUGCCGACAAAGAUGCUGACUGAUCUGUCCUUAGAAUUCAAUCCAUUUAUGUACUUCGAUAAAGAUUUUUUCACAUAUUUACCGAAAUUAGAAAACUUAAACUUACGUUAUACUGGAUUUAGUAGUUUGCUUCCGAAAUUAUUUGCUUCUAACACCAAUUUGAAGUAUCUAUCUCUUGCUAAUAACGCAUUAUCCUCAGUUCCAUCGAGUGCUCUGAAGGACCUGAAGAGUUUAGUUGUUCUAUGGUUAAACGAUAAUCCAAUAAAAUAUAUCAAAUCUGGAGAUUUUAAAGGUUUAGUUAAUCUUACAAGUUUAUAUAUAAGCAAUAUGGCUGAACUGAAAAAUAUAGAGAAAUUUGCUUUCGAAGGUCUGAUCAAUUUGAGAAUCCUUCAUUGCUCCGAUAAUUAUAAGCUCGAAGUGAUCGAUUCUAUGGCUUUCGCUACCAAUAAUACGUUUCCGUUAAAGCAUAUAGAGAUGAUAUAUUUAAGAAAUAAUGCUUUAACAACAUUAUCGGAGAAAUUAUUGAAUUGGAAGCGCAUAACUUAUACAGAUUUGUCUGGAAAUCCUUGGCAUUGCGACUGCAAAGUUCAAUGGUUAGGAAAGAUACACUGGAAACACGAUCUUCAAUACAAUAUCAGGUGCUCUUCUCCAUCAAAUUUAGCAGGCAAGUUAGUAUCAAAUAUACCACUAAAUGAUUUUGAGUGCGAAAGUCACAUGAGUGCUCAACUAAUAAUAACAUUAACCUUGAUCACAGUGACUGUGUUUAUAGGUGUUGUUCUAACAAUAACAAUCUUCCUGAAUAAAAGAGGAUUAUGCAUUACCUGCAACUCGAAAUUUCAAACAAAAUAUCACAAGGUGUUCCAAAGAAAAGAAGACGACAUCGAAUACGAACCUAAAAUCAUGUUGUAUGAAUUUAUCGUCGUGUCAUUACUUGUUACAAUAUAUAGAUCGGGUGUAAGUGCCGAAAAUCUGUGUGAUUCCUGCAAAUGCACGGAGCAUGAUGCAGAUUCUCAAAUGGUGAAUAUCAACUGCGAGUAUAGGCAAUUUCAAAGCAUACCACCCAUGGAAUCGUGGCCUGUGAAUCCUUACAGACUGGACUUAAGUCACAACAACAUCACCGUGUUAGAUUCCCUAGAAGAUAACUACAUCAUCAAAGAAUUAGAUUUGGAUUUCGUGAACUUGGAAUCCAUUAAAUCCAACGUAUUUCAGAGUUAUCCCAAAUUAGAAUAUUUGGAUUUAAGUCAGAAUCUUCUUACAACAUUAGAUAAGGACAUUUUUACGGGAUUAGAAAAUUUAUUAACGUUAAACUUCAGUUAUAAUAACAUAAAAUUGUUGCCAAAAGGCAUAUUCGAUCCUCUAGUGAAGCUUCAAGUUUUGAGAAUGUCGGGAAAUCCUCUACGUUAUUUAUCACAGGAUAUCUUUAUGCCACUGCUUUGUGUUAAUUAUAUGGAUCUAUCUGAUAUCAGAGCUCAUAGUUUACCAGAUGGAAUAUUUCAUACGUUAGAUAAACUCGAAUAUCUUGAUCUGUCGAAGAACGACUUUGAUAAAGUACCAUCCAGCGCUCUAAGAAGCUCGACUAAUUUAAAACAAUUAUAUCUCAGUGAAAAUAAAUUUAUAAAACUGAAUAAAGAUUCUUUCACAUAUUUAACUAAAUUGGAAUUAUUGGAUUUAAGCGAAAUGCCGAAAUUGAAAAAAGUUGAGGAAUUCACUUUUUCCCCGUUGAGUUCGUUGAAAACAUUAAAAAUGUCAUCAAAUGCACAGCUUCAGUACAUCGAUCCUUCUGCAUUUGAUGGGAUUUAUAACCCCGCACAAAUUUCUAGUCUUAAUUUAAAAGUCGUCAAAUUAAGAAGCAAUGCCUUAUCUACUUUAAACAGUAAUAUGUUACCUUGGCACGCAAUUCCUACUUUGGAUCUUCAAGGAAAUCAUUGGUAUUGUAAUUGCUACCUAGCUUGGAUCGUUAACUGCAGCAUUCCAGCCGAAUUAACUACAGAUUUCAGGUGCUAUGGUCCCAAGCCCAAUCAAGGGAAGUUAGUGACGGAUCUAAGAGAAGAAGAAUUCAUCUGUUUGCAUGAAGCACCCUCGCAAUAUUCGGAAACUGCCAUAAGGACUAUUGCUGCUUUAGUAGGUUUGGCAUCGAUUCUACUAAUAGUAAUUAUUGGUAUAUUAAUACUUAAGCGGAAAUACAUCCGAUCUUGGUGGAUAUACCGGAAACGUGGCACUGGAGCCGUAUACUAUGUCAAAGCGCAGACAAAUCCCAAUGAUGCUAUUGAUUUAUAGACAAUAUUCUAUUAUGAAACUUUUUGUACAUAAUCUUUCAUUAAGUUAAAGAGUAUAAAGUAUCGGUGCAUAAACCUGAAAAUAUUAUUUUUAUUCCCAAAGCUUUCGUUAUUGUUAAAGUAUUGUGGCAUACAUUCUUAAUGUAAAGCUUUUAAAUAAAAUCAUUUUCUAUUUGUUA